CACUGCUGUGUGUUUGAUGGAUGUCAGCUAGCGAUGGAUGCUUACAUCAGCUGUGAGACGCUUUGACAUACGGGAUUCGGCUGGUUUGGACACAGAGGGCAGGCUGUUCCAGACUAACUCAGUGUUUGUGAUGUGCUCUCAGUUGGCAGACAUGGUGAGGCACAGCAUGAUGACAGAGUUGCAAACCUUCCAGCACUCUCUCCAGGGUAACUCCCUGGCUGUGGGCCAAGUGGGGCAGAGCUGUGAGGCAGCUCAGGAGAACGGGGUCGUUUCAGAGCAGAGACAGCCCCUCUCCCAGGGCCCAGCAGAAAUUGAGAAAAGCCAGCCGGUGAAUAUCCCAGAUGCAGCUAAAAGAAAGAAGAAGAAAAGAACCAGAGCGACAGACAGCUCCACAGGCACUUUUGAUGAUCUCUACAAACUGACGGAUGAGGUGCUCGGUCGGGGGGCUUUUGCUAAAGUUCAGGGAUGCAUAAGUCUGCAGAAUGGACAUGAGUUUGCUGUGAAGAUUGUAGAAAAGAGUGCCGGGCACAGUCGCAGCAGAGUCUUUAGAGAAGUAGAGACUCUCUACCAGUGUCAAGGAAACAAAAACAUUUUGGAAUUGAUCCAGUUCUUCGAGGACGACUCCUGCUUUUAUUUGGUGUUUGAAAAGCUGCGUGGUGGCUCCAUUCUGACACACAUCCAGAACAGGAAGUACUUUGACGAGCUGGAGGCCAGUAAGGUCGUCAGGGACAUCGCCCAAGCUCUGGACUUCCUACACACUAAAGGCAUUGCCCAUAGAGACCUUAAGCUAGAGAACAUCCUUUGUGAAUACACCGAUCGGGUGUCCCCAGUAAAGAUCUGUGAUUUUGACUUGGGGAGUGGAGUGAAGCUCAGCAGUGCCUGUACCCCCAUCACCACUCCAGAGCUCACCACCCCGUGUGGCUCGGCAGAGUACAUGGCUCCAGAAGUCGUGGAGGUGUUCACCGACGAGGCCUCUUUCUACGACAAACGCUGCGACCUCUGGAGCCUCGGGGUCAUCCUCUACAUCCUGCUGAGCGGCAGCCCCCCCUUCACAGGACACUGCGGCUCAGACUGUGGCUGGGACCGGGGGGAAACCUGCAGAACCUGCCAGAGUCACCUGUUUGAGAGCAUCCAGCAGGGCAAGUAUGAGUUUCCAGACAAGGACUGGGACCGCAUCACGGGGGGGGCGAAGGAUCUCAUAUCCAAGCUGCUGGUCCGGGACGCCACUCUGCGCCUCAGUGCUGCUCAGGUCCUCAAGCACCCCUGGGUGCAGGGGAACGCACCAGAGAGAGGUCUUCCAACUCCUCAUGUUCUGCAGAGGAACAGCAGCACCAAAGACCUGACUCAGUUCGCAGCCGAAGCCAUCGCCUUCAACCGGCAGCUGUCGCAGCACGACGAGCAGCAGGAGGACGUCGGCGGCAUCGUUUGCUCCAUGAGGCUUUCUCCUCCUUCCAACUCCAGACUGGCCCGCAGACGAGCGCAGACCAACGCCCUGCGCAGCUCCGACUUCGCUGCCUCAUCGGACGACCUCACAGCCUGAAGGAGUCACGUUUUCUGCCUGAUUUCAGCCUCGACCUGCUCCUCGUUUGUGUGUUUCCACCUGGAGCCUUUUAUGAUCAGCAGCUUUAGAAGUGACUAACUGUUCUUGGUGUUUCAGCUCUUUCCCAUGGCCAGUAAUCUCAUCACCGAGACAGAGCUUGAGCACCAAGGGGACUGUUAAUCACCGGCUGCCACCUCUUAAUUGAAAACACAGUCCUGAGAUUAGUGCAGGAAACAUGUUAAGCUGCCUGCGUUUAGACUGUUUGGUUUGAGAGUAGUUUUAAUAGGGUUUAUUUUCACAGUUAGUCUUAAGAGUUAUUUUUCCUAUGAAACAAUGAUAACGCUUACAAUGACCCCAACACAGCAGAAAACUCACUUAAUGCCAGCAGUUUGUAUUCAAUAUUGAUCAGAACAUAUUAACAUAUCAGCAUUACCUGGGUUCAGCACAGUUUCCUAAUGCAAUAUUAUUCAUUUUGAUAGAUUUUAUUUUUCUUGUUGUCCAAAUGGUUAAUAUUUUAUGUAUGUGUUACUUACUGCUUCUCAGUCACUGGAAGAAAGGGAUGAGUUCUCGUUCAUGUUUUUAGAGCAUGUGAUUUGAUAUGUGUGGAUGUAUGUGGUUUAAGAGAUAAAAAUGACUUUACUUAGAGGAGACUGUCCAUCUCUGGAAAUGGGCGUUUCUCCUCUACCUUUUUUUAGGUCAUUCUUGUUGAGGCUGCUAAGAGCUUACAGAAAGUUUGGUAAUGUGACGGAUGGUGAAGUUAGAGGAGACCCAUUGAUCAAAUAGUGAUUCUUAUUAGCUUUCACUUCAACACAAGCUACCUGUAGCACUGAUGUACUUUAAAAAAGUCACCUAUUUAAUUUGAAAGGUUGUGUCGUAAAGAAUUUGUUUUGUAUAAAACUGUGAAAUUGAGAGGUUUUAACAGCUUUGUAUCCUCAUUAGUCCCUACGGAAUAGGAUUAUGGCCACAUGUGAUUAUUUUUUCUAGAUCUGACCAAGAGUGAAUUUCGUUUCUUAUAUUUCAGAGAAAAAUGUCAGAAUUCUGUGAAAUUUCGGAAUUCUGAUUAAAAGUCAGAAUUUUCAGAUGUUUUUUCUGACAUUUUUCUCAUGGUUCUGACUUCUUGAAUCUGUUACAUGUUUUUGUUACUUUUGGUAAACACGCGUGGCCCUAAUCCUUUGCCAUAAGUCCCGAUGUUACCUCAGGCUCCUUUUUUUUAUUUUGCACCAAAUCUUUGCACGUUUUGUAGGAUACCAAUGUAACAACAUCCCAAAAAUACUUUCUUAUUUAUUUUUUAUUUGAUAUUUCAAAGUGUUUUUAAUCUGAAUUAAUAGAAAUGUGAACAUUUGCUUUGGUGUUUUUAUGUAGCUAAUGAGACUUAAAGAGGGUUUAUGAAUAGUUGUAGUAGGAUAGAGGAUCCCAUACUAACAUACAAAAGGAUUUAUUUUUAUAAAAUUAUUUGAAUAUUGUACUUAUUUUGUAGUUUUUGGUUCUGCGAGUGUGGCUAUGGAACGAAUACUGGACUAACCAUACUUUAAGGUUCUCAAGAAUCCAUCAAGUUGCUGAUAUUAGUUUUAUUUCAGAUAUAUUUUUACUUUUUUUAUUGUUUCCCUCAUCAUGGACCCCGUUUCUGAUUAAAUCCGGUCCCUGAUCAUAGUUUAUCACCUUUAUUUCCCCGACCUUAUUAACUUUAUGUAUCGCUUGCUUAACGACAUGUCCCUUAACAUUGUUGCCAUGGACACACCAUCCCUAUAGCAACAAAGGUCCUUCAUAUGCUGGCAGGAAUUGAGAGAGACUUGCUCACAGCGAACAUUAAACAACCAUUUGCCAUAUUAAAGCCCUCUUACUCCCUCCCAUUGUGAACCAUAAAAGGACUUGUUUGUUUUCCCUCAUCAACAUGUAAUGCAUCAAAUGAGACGCAGUAAUUGGUGAGCAAUUAUGGAGUCCCAUUGAAAUUUGUCAAAAGCUCUUACGGGGUCCUAUGCAUAAAUCUCUGUGUGGAGCAUAUUUUCACUAGUAUGUGCUGUGCUCUCAAUAAAAAAAACACCCUUAACAUAU